UUGCUUUCUUCUUAGCGUCUGUCCAAAAUGUUUCGGUUAUUAACAACUCACAACCUCGUACAUUUGUUUGCAAUGGUCUUCUUUGUGUGGGGUUUAGAUGAAAAACUGAUGUCCGAAAAGUAUCGCAAAAAUGAAGGAGUUCCAAUCUCUCUCGAAGGAUACAGGCUGGAUGGUUUUCAAUUUCAAGAGAUUGCCUCGACUAGCUUCAUACGAUGCGGCCUUGCUUGUCUUGCUAAAACGCAAAAGUGCGUGUCGUAUAACUUUUAUGAACGAUUGGAAGGCCUUGGACGGUGCGAACUAAACUCAGCAGGGAUACACUCUAUACAAGAGGGAGUUGCUCAAAGUUUAGAGAAAUCCCAGAAUACAGUAUACGUACAGACAAGAGUACAAUCUAUGAAAUACGCGGAAAGCUGUUCAGAUCAUUAUGAGAGUGGCGCUCGAGAAAGUGGACUCUACUACAUACGGGACACCAACGACCAUGUCUACCCAGUCUUCUGUGAUUUUAACACGGAGGCAAACAAGGCCUGGACACUUUUUAUGUCGCAGAAUUUCCUAAACAGAAAUAUGCCAGCAUUUGUCACUAAGAGUUUAAAUGUUAACUAUCCUGUCAACGAGGACCAGCCCAACUGGGAUGCCUAUCGACUUUCUUUUGCUCGAAUGGAAAGUUUGAAGCGACACUCAUCUCAUUGGCGUAUAACGUGUAACAUGCCAAGAGACGGCGUCAGUUUUGUUGACUAUGUUCGAGCUAAGAUAUCCAACUUUGACAUCCUUCAGUUCAAUGGGAAAGGAGCAUGUAAGCUGGUGGAAUAUAUGAACGUUAUGGGCCAUGAAUGUAAUGAUUGUACUUCAGCUUGGUGGCAGUUUGAUGGACAGAUAUUUCAUCAUGAUAUGACGCAAGCGAAAUGUGUUUUUGGAGACACAGAGGGGGCGACUGAUAGCCAAGAUGUAUUUGGGUUUUAUCAAAACGUCAACAGCAAUUUCAGAUGCUUAUCGUCCAAUGACUCAAAUACUAACUACUGGUUUGGUAAUAAUGUUUGAGUACAAGGUCGUCGCAAGCAUGAAACAAUGGAGUAUUGACAAAAACCCGGGCAGUGAAAUUAAAAUAUAUUAAAUACUAAGGAUACAGACUAGCCAAAAGUUUCGCUAGAGACCUUUUUUAACACCUCUAGCAAUAGGACGUUUGCACGAUGGCGUCAUUGACCUCUACUACCAGACUCCCUUGCACACUUUCUUUUGUUCAGUUAAUAAGUACCAAUAGUCUUACUGUUUUAAGCGUUUUAUUGGUGCGUAUUUCAAGUGCGUAUCUAUAAGGAAUAUAAAAAGCGCGCGCAUGUCUCUGUACUGUGAUAUAAACACGCUGGGAGCUGCAGAGCACGAGAAGGAAGUUUAGGAACACGAGGCGUGUCUAUUGUUUCUUUUGCUUUUCGAGUGCUCUACAGCUCCCAAAGUGUUUAUAUCACAGUACAGAGACAUGCGCGCGCGUUUUAUAUUGUUUUUAUAAAACAUUUUUCAACAACUUUGUGCGAGCACUGCAGCCAGCCAAUCAGAGCGCGCGUUAUAUCUCAAAUAUUUUAUAAAAGGUAUUAAGGUAUAUUAGAUGCGUGUUGAAGACCUGCUUCUCUUCUUGUCGCAUAUAUCUAGUACACGCCAUUUAUUAUAUGACCGUGAAUCUUAGAGCCUGGACACUAGCAAAUCGAGCAAUCUGAUUGGAUAGAUCGCAUCGCGGACUGGUCUAGAUUCUCCGGUAUUAACCGGUCCGAUCGCAUA